CCAAUCAGAUUAUGAUUAGUGCCUCUUCACGUGUUCUUAUCUGGGGUUAAUUUGUACACCGAUCAACCGCCUCAGAUGCUUCUCCAUUCCUAUCCCCUCUUCUCAUGUUUCUCAUUCGACUUUCGCUUUCUUCGAUCACAAUUGUAGUACACGAUGCCAAGGAGCUUCUUCUCCACUUUCUGGCUUACCUGUUACGAUCGAGACACCUCCAUCAAGUUUUACCAUUAAUUGAAAAAGAUUCAAUCAUUUCCAAUCAUUCAGCAACCGACGACGACUUCAUAAUUUUCAGAUUUUUGGCUUCAAUUUUGAAGGUAUGUGAAGUUCUACAGCCACGAUUUUCAUCUUUUUGAGAUCGAUUUUUGUCUGCAACUCCUCCACCAUGUCGCCACCGUCGACGAUGCAACAUCGGAAGCUUCUCUCAACAAAAACAUUGCUACCAAAAAAACCUAAAAGUCAGGAACGAGGAUGUCUGCCACCAAUCGAGCCAUCUUCAGAACAACCGGAGUUUAAAAAGUCAAACAAUGAAGAAGCUGCAGUUCUAUCUGCAUCUCGACCUGCCUCUACAGUUGUUCAUGCAGCUAAUGCUACUGAAGUUUCCAGUAAUCUGUUAAAGCUUUUUGAGCCACGACCUCCUCUGGAGUAUAGACCACCUCCUGAGAAGAGAAAAUGUCCACGAUACACAGGCAUGGCCCAAUUUGUUAGCCACUUUGCUGAACCCACUGAUCCUGAAUAUGCUCCACCAGUAGUAAAGGGUGAAACACCUGGCCAAAGGAGGGUUAGGAUUCACUGGUUACGUACAAAUUUUGAGUUUAUAACCUUAACACUGUCAUUGUGGUUGACAUUUGUUCAUUUCAAUGACAGGGAUCUUUCAUACAAUUUCUGUAAUGGAUCCAUUCCUGAAAGCCUUGGAGGUUUAACAUCAGUUCGAAUAUUGAAUCUGAAUGGGAACUCCCUAUCACGAAGAGUCCCAGCUGCAGUGGGAGGGAGGCUUUUACGCAGAUCAAGUUUCAAUUUUACUGAUAAUAAAGGUCUUUGUGGAUUACAACAUUUUCUCUCCCCUUUUGUCAGACAAUAGAAGGAUCGGGAAGAAGUGAAUAAAAUUGUCUGUAAUUCAAAAGCGACAACGACAUGGUAAGGGGGUGAAAAUUCUUGAGUUGAUGUUUUGAUUGUAGAAUCAGGAAUGGAAGUUAUCUUAACAAAGUUAACAGUUCUUAUCCUCCUGCUGCUAAGGCACAAGUGGUGGGUUGGCCUCCAGUUACAUCUUUUUACAAGAACAUUUUGGCUACAAAUUCAAAUAACAAUGAUGAGGUGGAUGGGAAGCCUGGACCCGGUGCUUUAGAGUCAACCUACAGACAAAAUCAUUAAUUCUGUGGAAUGAAGGGACGAUGGGAAUGGAGCUUCAAGCAGUGGAAGAGUUCCCUGGACAAAGGAAGAACAUAUGGCGUUUCUACUGGGGUAAAAGGAGCUUAUGCAAGUUGAUUGGUAAAUUGGUCAAAAGAUGAUUUUUUUUCGCAUCAAUAGAAUGUUCUUUCUACAUUUGUUGUAGAUUAUAUUGUACUUUCAUUUAAAACUACUCGAAUACAAAACUGUGUUUUCAUUGUUUUUGAAAAUCUAUUCAAAUAUAGCAUUGUGCUUCUUUUA